AUGACUGUCCCUGCUGACCCAAGCGCCGAUGAGUACAAACCGUACGCUUCGAACACAUCUAACUCUGCCAGUAGCUCCUCUAAGGAUGAUAUUGAUGUUGGAUGUGCCUUCCCCGUGUCUGGUGACGACCCUGAAGAAGUCCUUCAUCCCUUGGUCCCCCCGAUGAAUCAUUCUGCCCGCUCGUCGAAGACUCCCAAAAGUAAAACUUUUCCGGAAAAACGGAGGAAAAGCUUGGUCUCCACUGGCGAACACACGAAUCGUAAGAUUCGUAAGUUAUCUUCUUCGUGUUUCGAUACCGCUAGACAAGGACGAAGUAUUCCCCAGAUGGGGCAAGCCCUCGACCUUCUGUCCUAUGCGUUAGCUGGCCCUAAGCCCAAGAGCAAGAGCAGAGUCUGGGAAGACUUCAGCUUGGUAAAGCGAAAAUGUGAUGAUGAGAUACUCGACGAUAUUGCAGCCUGUAAUCACUGUCUAGUGGUCGUCUCUCAUAUUGAUUCUAAUACUUCAUCUAUGAUACGUCACCAAUGCAAGCUUGAUCACGAAAAGUCCAUUAAAAUGACGCAGUUCCCUGGUGUUCUCAAGCCUACUGUUCUUCCCGAUGAACAAAAACAGUUGUUGGUCGAGGCAUGUGUCAAGCUUUCUUCUGCAAUUCCUGGUAUAGGGUUCUGCACUUAUCGAUCGGACGCCAUGCUAGAGUUCGUACAGAUGAUUAUCGAUAUUACGACUAAGCUAGGUAGACCCUGGUGUGCAGCCAAGUCGAUCCCAUCUGAUACUACUAUCAGUAGGAGGUGCAAAGAAGUUGCGGAGGAUCGGAGAGAACAAAUUAAAAUGAGAAUCGAGCAGCAGCUACCCCCAUAUCAGGUACUAGCUCGACCGGUGGGUAUUCAUAAGGGUUUACCUAUUAGGUAA